UUUUAUUCCAGUUACAGAACCUACGAUCAAUGACAGAAUUUACACAGAUAAAAGUGAAAAAUCGUUAAGCACAGCGAUGUGUGUAAUAGACAUACCCCUUUUGAGGCAGGAACGUAUAUUAUGCUAAUAAAGGACGGAACAUCGGAUACUAAUCUAGCAGUUGAAUGUCCUAACGAUAUUUCAAGAAACUUUCAUAGUGUAAAAUUAAGUGCGUUUGAUGGAACAUAUAGCUGCUCAGGGAAAUUAGAAAUAUUAACUGACAAACUGAAGAUGAAGAUGAACUAUACAUACAACUUUUGUGAUAACCGUCUAAAGUUUUCAGUGGAUGGAUUAUGGCGUUGUUUACAUUACAUUACCUCUGGCAGUACGACAUACCUUGCCACAUUGAAUAUGGAUAGAUCCGUUGUUGGUGGUCAAACAUACAGUAUGGUUUGCUAUACAUUACAACGGCAAGACAGAAUCUUAAAGGCAACACUAUAUCCUAGAUCAUGUCGAUCAGAUCAAACUGCGACAUAUGUUGUUUCAUCUGGUGUUCACGCGGAAAUGUAUGACAUUUUAGGUAGGUAA